ACUAACUGCGUGCGCAGUUAUCGGUAAAGCUCGGUCGAAAGUAGCGUUAGCUGGGGGACGUUGAAUGACUUUGUAACCGUCCGUGGAAACCUUAACAAAGUUGUGUAUUUGGCUGCCCGGGAUUUGUAUCAGAGCUAAUGGAAGCCCUCAUUCCUGUUAUAAAUAAGCUGCAAGAUGUUUUUAACACAGUCGGUGCCGAUAUCAUGCAACUACCGCAAAUAGUCGUUGUUGGAACCCAGAGCAGUGGCAAGAGUUCUGUCUUAGAGAGCCUGGUUGGGAGGGACAUCCUGCCGCGCGGCACUGGCGUCGUCACACGCCGGCCCCUGAUCCUGCAGCUUGUUCACAUUGAUCCCGAGGAUCGCAGGAAAACCAAUGAAGAGAACGAACCCAAGAAAAAUGGACGGCUUUGCAGAGGCAUCGAUGGAGAGGAAUGGGGGAAAUUCCUGCACACCAAAAACAAGAUCUAUACGGACUUUGAGGAAAUUAGGGCGGAAAUUGAAGCAGAAACCGAAAGAAUUUCUGGAAAUAACAAGGGUAUCAGUGAUGAACCCAUUCACCUCAAAAUCUUCUCUCCUCAUGUGGUGAACCUCACAUUAGUGGACCUCCCUGGUAUCACUAAAGUCCCUGUGGGAGACCAACCCAGAGAUAUAGAAAUCCAGAUCAAAGAGCUGAUCCUAAAAUACAUCUCCAACCCAAACUCCAUCAUCCUGGCUGUGACUGCUGCCAACACAGACAUGGCCACCUCAGAGGCUCUUAAGGUUGCCCGUGAGGUGGACCCUGAUGGCAGGAGGACACUUGCAGUUGUGACCAAGCUGGACCUGAUGGAUGCAGGCACUGAUGCCAUGGAUGUCUUGAUGGGGAGAGUCAUUCCAGUCAAACUGGGUAUUAUUGGAGUAGUUAACAGGAGUCAGCUGGAUAUUAAUCAGAAGAAAUUGGUGGUUGAUUCUAUUCGGGAUGAACAUGCCUUCCUGCAAAAGAAGUACCCCUCCCUGGCAAACAGAAAUGGAACCAAAUAUCUGGCCAGGACGUUAAAUCGAUUAUUGAUGCACCACAUCAGAGACUGUCUUCCUGAGCUGAAAACAAGAAUCAAUGUUUUGGCUGCUCAGUACCAGUCUUUGCUGAACAGUUAUGGGAACCCCGUGGACGACAAGAACUCCACUUUGCUGCAGCUCAUCACCAAGUUUGCUGCAGAGUACUGCAACACCAUAGAAGGCACAGCCAAGUACAUUGAGACAGCAGAACUAUGUGGCGGAGCAAGAAUUUGUUAUAUAUUCCAUGAGACAUUUGGGCGCACGUUGGAGUCUGUUGAUCCUUUGGGAGGCCUCACGACCAUGGACGUUCUGACAGCAAUAAGAAAUGCAACUGGCCCGAGGCCUGCCUUAUUUGUGCCAGAGAUUUCCUUCGAGCUGCUGGUGAAGCGGCAGAUUAAACGUCUGGAGGAGCCCAGCCUGCGAUGUGUGGAGCUGGUGCACGAGGAAAUGCAGAGGAUCAUCCAGCACUGCAGCAAUUACAGCACACAGGAGUUGUUGAGGUUUCCAAAGCUCAUCGAUGCCGUAGUGGAAGUGGUUACUUCUCUUCUUAGGAAGAGGCUCCCAGUCACAAACGAAAUGGUUCAUAACCUGGUUGCCAUAGAGCUAGCUUAUAUCAACACUAAACACCCGGACUUUGCUGAUGCGUGCAGCCUCAUAAACAACAAUCUAGAUGAACAGAGGCGUCACAGACUGAAAGAAAUGCCAGCCGGCGUUCCCAGAGACAAGUCCCUUAAAAGCCCUAGUGGGCAAUCUUUCUCCUACACUGAUCCUCCUGCUCUGGAGGGCGAGGUUCUCAAGGCACCAGCUGGUGGUUCUCAGAGCGCCCCCGCUGGUGAGCAGACAGAAGGCGGGACGGGCAGCUGGAGAGGCAUGUUGAGGAGGGGAGAUGAGGGUUCAUCAGGUGAUAGAGUCGCGCUCCACACCCAGAUCCCUCCAAGCCCCCAGAGGAGCCAUGCGGUCAACCUGCUGGAUGUGCCGGUUCCAGUCACCAGAAAGCUGUCUGCUCGGGAGCAGAGGGACUGCGAGGUCAUUGAGAGGCUCAUUAAGUCUUAUUUCCUAAUUGUUCGAAAAAACAUUCAAGACAGUGUGCCCAAAGCAGUGAUGCACUUCCUGGUGAACCAUGUGAAGGACUGCCUGCAGAGCGAGCUGGUGGGUCAGUUAUACAAAGGCCCCCUGCUGGACGACCUGCUGAUAGAGUCCGAGGACAUGGCUCAAAGACGGACAGAGGCGGCGGACAUGCUGAAGGCUUUGCAGAAAUCUAGCCAGGUGAUAGCAGAGAUCAGAGAAACCCACAUGUGGUGAGGAGAACCUCUUCAGGAAACACUGUCCGUCAUGAAACCUCCAACCCCCCCACCCCUGCAGAGUCUUGCAGCCCGUCAGACUGUACAGACGACCUGCUGAUGCACUUGUGUGAAUAUGUAUUUGACAGAAUAUAGUUUUAAUCUGCAGAAACCAGAGUUCAUACAUUAUAGGCAGAUUGUUUCUGUCACCAUUUGGCAGCAUUACACAAGCAUUUGUCCUGGAUGAUAUAUUUCCUAAUGUAAUGAAAACAGCCAAUAAAUCAAUCUAAAGCUCUGCAGUGUUCUGCUGCUGCAAAUGAAUGUUCUUACUGUGGAUUUGAAUAAAAAGAUGGAAAUGACAAAAACAAA